AACCACUUAAAAAAAAAAAAAAAGGAGGAAGUAUGAACUGAGAUUUCUCGGUUUACUCGGCUUGCUUGGUUUCUGCAACAAGUUUCUCGUAAAUUAAACGGCGGUGAAGAACGACAGUCGACAGCCAUGGCGCAUCGGCUACUCCGAGAUCUGGAAGCGGACGGGUGGGAGCGUUCCGACUUCCCCAUCAUCUGCGAAUCUUGCCUCGGUGACAACCCCUACGUUCGCAUGACUAAAGCAGAAUAUGAUAAGGAAUGUAAGAUCUGCACAAGGCCUUUCACUGUUUUCCGUUGGAGACCAGGUCGAGAUGCAAGAUAUAAGAAAUCAGAGAUUUGCCAGACAUGCAGUAAAUUGAAAAAUGUGUGUCAAGUGUGUCUAUUGGAUCUUGAGUAUGGUUUGCCAGUCCAGGUCCGAGACACUGCUCUUAGCAUCAAUACCCAUGAUUCUAUUCCCAAGAGUGAUGUAAAUAAGGAAUAUUUUGCAGAGGAACAUGACCGUAAGGCUAGAGCUGGUUUGGAUUAUGAUUCCUCUUAUGGAAAGGUGCGGGCUAAUGACACAAUUUUGAAGCUUCAGAGAACAACACCAUAUUAUAAAAGAAACAGAGCUCAUGUUUGCAGUUUCUAUAUAAGAGGUGAAUGUACAAGAGGUGCUGAGUGUCCUUACAGGCAUGAGAUGCCCGUCACUGGGGAGCUAUCCCAACAAAAUAUCAAAGAUCGUUACUAUGGAGUGAAUGAUCCAGUUGCAAUGAAGCUCCUUAACAAGGCUGGUGAAAUGCAGACACUUGAGCCUCCAGAGGAUGAGAGCAUCAAGACACUGUAUGUUGGUGGGCUUGAUGCCAGAAUUACUGAGCAAGACCUGAGGGAUAAUUUCUAUGCUCAUGGUGAAAUUGAAUCCAUACGGAUGGUUCUCCAGCGAGCUUGCGCUUUUGUAACCUACACCACUCGAGAAGCUGCAGAGAAGUCUGCAGAAGAGCUCUCAAACAAGCUUGUCAUAAAGGGUCUGAGGCUGAAACUAAUGUGGGGUAGACCUCAACAACCCAAGCCUGAGACAGAUGGUGCUGAACAAGCAAAACAACAGGCUGCAGUAGCACACAGUGGGAUGCUUCCUAGAGCACUUAUAUCUCAGCAACAGAGUCAACUUCAUCCACCUGGCACAAGUCAGGAUCAGAUCCCUCCACCAAUGCCGUAUUUUAAUAUUCCACCCCCACCUCAGCAGGAGAGGACCUUCUACCCAUCAAUGGAUCCCCAACGGAUGGGUGCUCUCGUCUCAUCACAAGAUGAAUCCUCGAAUGGUCCAUCGGGUUCCGGGGAGAACAAAACCGGGUCUGCAAAGCAGCCGCAAGGCCACCAAUCAUAUGGCUACCAGGGUAUGCCACCUCCCCCAGGUCACUAUCAACAACCAUUAUAUCCACCUUAUGGUUAUAUGCCGCCACUGCCUCAGUACCAGCACUACCCUCCUGCUCAAUACCCCCACCACCAACCUGCAGCCAGUCACCAACCUCCACAAGCAUCCCAACAACAGCAGCAGCAGCAACAGCAACAGCAGCAUCAGUAGUAUUCGCAUCCUGUAUUAUCAGGGGUUUCUCAAAAUUACUAUGUACUUUAAUGUAUGCUUGGGAUUUUGUAUUCCCUUCUGAAAAUUUUCUCAUAUAUGGCAAUGCAUUUCAAAUAUAGGAUCUCUUUUUACGCA